AAGGCAAUGUUCUCGUCGUUUUUAUGUGGUGGAAUCAUAUCUGUUAGAUCAUUAAAAUGCAUAGAUAAAUGCAUAUUCUUUCCCAUUUAAAACUGACAUUUGAACAACGGAAUUGUGAAAGAUGGCAAUAAAUUCAUUCGAUUUUUCUGUUUGAUUAGACAAAUGUCAAUCUACGUACGCUUACCUGCUAGACGAUGGUUUCUCGAACCCAAGCAAUACUUAAGUAAUCAUGUUAAAUGUAAUUGUAACUUUCUUGACGUCAAAAAUUCCUGCUGAAACCUUGAAAAACAAUACGUGUAAAAACGUGCACGAGCAGUAAGUAUCACGCGCGUCCUCGUUUCUUCUUGUCUGCUUGAGCUAUCAGAUUACAUUUAAUCACUGCAUUAAAUUAACGCACAAAACGAGAUAUACACACAUCCCGAUCUUUGUUAUGGUGCCUUUAUUAGCCUUGUAUCAAGCUGUAGGUGCCUAUUCACGAAUAAAUUCAAAACAUUCAAACGGAGACGGAAUGGUUCAUAAAUAAAUAAAUAUAUUCCCCACUCGCCGUCUACUUCCUGGUGUUCAUCGGAAAAGAGCUGUUAGCGGAUAGCGAUGUUUACGGUCGGAACCGACACCGCGCAUAAUAUCGUUUGCGCGCUCGCGCAGAUUUGAUGGACGUCUGUUAUUAUAUUUUUACUGAGCCGUGUAACCGAGAAGAUAUUUUCACAAUCAGUGUCAGACCAGGUGAACACGCGAUCUCGUUCAGAUUACUAUCCUUUUAUCUCUAUGGUGAGACGAGGCUGUUAACAUUGAUUCCCAAAAACUAGAUUAUUUUAUUCAAAACAAAAGAGAAUAUCACAUAUUGUUCUCGGUUUCUAAGUGUUAUUCUUACUGUAUUGAUGCUCAUAUCGUGGAAGAUUUAAGAUCACUGAUGGCGUCAAAAUCUAGGGUCUCCAUUCUGGAUUACUUCAACAUCGUCUGUGAGGGAGAAAAUGGCAAAAUUGAGUCAAACUGCAAAGCUUGUGGCACAAGGAUUCAGGCUAAACGGACAGUUACUUCCAACUUUGUUACGCAUUUAAAGCGCAAACAUCAGGCCAUGUAUGAUGAGUUUGUGAGGAAGAAAGAUGUGAAAAGGGAGGCAAUGCAGAUGUGUACCGGCCCUCCAAGUGGCAGAGUGAUCUCUCAAACCAGUGCUGGGAUGAACAAGUUUGAGUACAGUGACCCUCGCCAAUCCCUAAUUUCAGAAGCUAUUGCCAAGAUGAUCAUCCGAGACCUGCAACCAGCAAAGAUAGUGGAAUAUGAGGGUUUUCGUGAGCUUCUUCAGCUCCUGGAGCCCCGUUACAUUCCGGUACCAUGCCAUUAUAUACAACAGCAGCUCCUGCCAGCCUAUGUCUCCCAAGUGCAACUAGCUGCCAAACAGGCUUUAAAAGGAGCCGAGUCCUGCAGUGUGACCCUUGACCUGUGGAGAAGCAGCUCUGCAGGUUACAACAGUGGUGCUGGGUUUCUUGGAGUGACUUGCCAUUUCAUUAACGCAGACUGGCACAUCAGAUCCACUCUUUUGGCAUGCUUACCUCUUCCAGACCACAGCAACACUCAGCAAAUGCUCAGCGAGUUUGAUGAGAUCUCCGAAUCACAUGGCAUGUCUGGAAAAGUGUUUAGAGUCGUCGCAGAUCUGUCUCCCUGUGAAAACAGAUCUGCUUUUCGUCUUCCUGGGUUCAGUCUCAUUGGAAAUGGUGAAGAAGAGGAGGAAGAUGGUAGCGAAGAAGAGUCUAGUGAUGCCAAAGAAACUAUUAGUAGCAACGAGAACUGCAAGUCUUUAGAUCAGUGUCUUGGUCGAAGUAGGAUAGACUGCUUUGCUCGAUUGCUAGCUCAGUGUGUUAAGGAAGGAGUUUGCGCUUCCCCUCAGAUAUCAGUCCCUCUAAACAAAGCAGCCCGCCUGUAUAACUACAUAAUUGCUACAGUGGCUCCUGAAAAACUUGUUCAAGUGUUCAACUCCAGUACCUUAACAAAUUGUCUCUCAUCCACAGACAAGUGGAACGCUCAGUUAAAAAUAUUGCGGCAAAUGGUGGAGUCAAUGGAUUUUCUUGAGGACAUUGUGGAUAUAAAUGACCUAGUCCUUGGCAACUUAGAAAAAGCAGAGCUACGGGAGCUGGUUGAGGUGUUGGAGCCCUUUGAGGAGGCCUCAGACAUGGUCCAAGGAGACAAGCACGUGUCCAUCAGCCUAGCUCUGCCUUGUGUGCUAGGUCUGCGCAAGCACCUGGCGGAGGUCGUAACUCACCAGUGCACUGGGAUCGUGAUGGGAUUGUCUCAAGCUCUGGACCGCAGACUGGCAGGCAUUCUUGAGGACCCUCUUUAUGUAACAGCCACCACCCUGGACCCACAGUUCAAGCUGUCCUGGAGCAGUGACAGCGACUGGCACAAACAGGUGCUGCUGGAAGAGGUUGGAAAGCAUACUCGGCCUUUGAGUCCACUAGAACAUCACUCAGAGGCCCAGCCAUCACCGUCCAAACGCUGCAAGCUGUUCUCUUUCAUUAAGCAGAGGCCGACGGCCCAGGCCAAAACUGUGGAGCAGGAGCUGUCCACAUAUCUCCACGAAGAACCCACAGACGAGGAUCCACUACAAUACUGGAAACGCAAGUCCAUUGAUUUCCCUCUGCUCUCACAAGUAGCCAAAAAAGUUUUUACUGUGCCAGCAACAACCACAUCAGUGGACCAGAUAUUUAACCUGGUUAGCAAGACACUCAGACCAGAGCAAUGCCGACGUCUGCCAAAAAACCUGGACACUCUGAUUUACUUGAAGGCUAACUAUAGGAUACUCUGGUCCUAAACGCAAAGAGAGCUUUAAAGGAUUUCCUUUGUACUGAUAUCAAACCAAACACCUCAAAUGCAAAUUGGGGAUUGUGCCUGAUAUAAUAUCUAUAAAAACUAUACAUUUACCCCAAAAUAAACAAAAUAUUGUUGUCAGCAAAAAAAAAAAAAUGUUCUUUUGUUAUUGUACAAAAGGCUAGACCUAAAUUAGAUAAAUUAAUUAGCUAUUAUAGGUAACAAUUUAUAAUAACUUUUAUAUUUGUCCGUCUGUCUCCUAACUAUUUGAAAAUGUAAUGCGAUUUGGUGAAAAAGGAAAUGAAAGUUAUUAUAAAGUGUUUACUUAUUUACCUAUUAUGGCACAUUAUCAGAUGCUGGUUGCUUUUAUUGCAGACAUUUCUAAACAUUACGUUCUGUCUACUAACUUUCACCACCCAAAAAUGUAAUGGGAUCAGAUAAGUGCAGUGCCCAUUGUACCUAUCCUUGAUUAAUUGUUAAAUAUUAACAUAAUAAUUCUCCAUCACUAUCAGUAUUAUGUAGAACCCCAGGAAACACACUCUUCUUGCAGCCAAAGGCUUUCUCAGAACACCUUUAUGAAAUAGAAUAGUACAUUUCCAGCUUAAUUAAACAUUACGUUAUCACACAUUUGGUGUAUAUUAGUUAGCUUUAUAUUAAUGUAAGGAAAGAAUUGCUCAAAUAGAGUUACAGUGAGGCUGGGAAGCUUUUUUGUGUGGGUUCUUUGUGUACAAAAUCCACCCAAUAGAAAAACUGCAGGCAGGUUCUGUACUUAAAAAUAAUUACAUUUCAGGCCUAUGGGGAAUCAGAGAAUGCUGAUGGUGGACUGCAGUCUUGCAAGGCUGAAUGGAGAGCAGUCAAGCCAGUGGGAUAUUAAGAAGAGUUGUUGUGCAUUAAGGAACUUUUGUUGUGAAAAAGACUUUUCCAUUUCAUUAAAAAGUGUUUGUUAUCAAACCUGA